ACUCGGCAACCGCCGCUCAGCCUGCUCUGAUCGAUAGUGCCUUCGUUCACUCUCUCUCUGUGACUCUGUAACUUCGCGGUAGCUACAGCGCCACAGCCUCCUCAUCGCUGGAAACUUAACACAGUACGAGUUAAAGAAUACGCGUGUAAUAUUCGUAUUUUUUUGGGUUAAAUUGUGUCAGGAAACAUCGUUUUUUGUUGCUAUUUUUUAAACUAAAUCUCGUUUCUAAACAGGCUGUUGGUUGGUGAAGAAGUGUCAAGAUGAAGUGGUUGGCUCUUUGCGUGUUAGCUAUAGUAGUUAUAAGUUUGGCUGGAGCUGAUGGAGAAGUUUGGGAGGAAGAUGAUCACGAAGUACUUAUCAGAAGCGAAAGGGGAGCAAAGACUCGCGGUAAGCAAGAAUGCCGAUACGGUAAAGGAGCAUGGACGGAAUGUGAUCCGAAAACGAAUCAACGUUCUCGUACGUUGACGCUCAAGAAGGGCAACCAGACAAGUUGCGAACCUACCAAGACGAUUCAAAAGAAGUGCAAAAAAGCGUGUCGAUACGAAAAAGGUACAUGGGGUGAUUGUAAUGCGCAGAGCCAGAUGACAAGAAAUGACAAAUUGAAGCCAAACAGCGAUGCAUCAUGCGAGCAGACCAGACAAAUAACGAAAAAGUGUAAAGCAAAAGGUGCCAAGCCAACGAAAGAUAAGAAAGCUCCCCGUCGCAACAGGCAGUAAAGAAUAUUAGAAAAUUAGGAUAAAUAAGUUUAAAUAUUACUUCAUUUAGCGAUUCAUCAAAUCUUCACGCAAUAUUAUCAAUCAUAGAUUCAUUACAAUAAUUUUCUGUAGGAAUCUCAUGGUAAUCAAUAUGUUCAUAUACAUAUAUCAACAAUAUAUGUAUAUUUAUUAAAAUUUUACAAAUAAAGGUUAUGACAAAAUCAAAA